AUGAACUUUCAAGAUAACGAGAAGAACAGUAUCCAGUCUCUUCUGGCCGUCCUUCGCUCGACGCAAGAUGCGCCCACAGCCGCCUCCUCAGGUCUGCAGCUCGCAGAGUCCCCAGGCAAGGUAUUACCAUCGCCAUCUCGUGCGCUAUCUCGCGGUCAUUCUGGCUCGAUAGCCACAUCGUCGUCAACGGGCACAGCGGCACUACCUUCGACGCAACAGCUCAAUGAUCUACUUCGGUCCGUCAAUGGCGGUCGGCAUCCGCCCGGCGGAUCGGCGGGUACGCCUUCGUCCGGGUCUGGCAGCCAGGUAUCGCGAAACCUCAUUGAGCCUUUCGGGCCAGUGAAGGACUGGCUCGCCCCGUCUCCCGUCCGGAAUGGGAGCGGAUCCCAGAGCCCGGCGGAAGAGGGAGGUGCCGAAGUGAAGACGGGGGAUAUAAGCACGAUGCCAUUUGCCAAGGCUUUACCGAAGCUUGGGGAGAUGAUAGGCGAUGAGCGCUUCAUGUCGGAGCUUCGCAAGAUGAAAGCAGACCAGGAUGCCCUUGAGAGACGUAUGUGGGCCAAGCAAGAGAAGAUUAAGGCGGACCAUGAGCGGUCUAUUCUGGCCGAACGGGAGAUCUCCCGGAUAGCCCGGAAACCCAUCUCUGCGGAGAAAAGAGCACAAUGGGAUACGACCCUCGACCUGAGUCUACGAGACUUCCAGCGCCAGACCUGCCUGCCGUUUCUAGAUGCCCUAUCGGUGCGACAGCGGGAAAGGCUGAAAGAGCUGGGCGUGCCGGGUCUAGGAGGUGAUCCGGCCGAUGAGGGCACGAUAGGAAGGUGGAGGCGGAUCAUGGGGAUGCUCCAGGCGGGGCUGGAGGAGUAG